AUGGCAACCCUGAUUUUAGAAGAUGGGACCACCUUCAAGGGCCGCCUUUUCGGGGCAAACGCGUCGGUAUCUGGUGAAGUUGGUAAGUUGUAUUUUAUGAGGAGAAAGCAAAUUAGCCCAUUUAUUCGCAAAAUCUGUCUAGCUAGCUAGUUUUUAUAGAAUGAUAUCAUCAUUCAUAUUCUGAUUGGUAGCUAUAUGUUACCCACAAAGUGUACUUUUAUAGCUAAACGCAGCUCUUCACCCAACUGUCGCGGUUGUUUCGCGCUAAAUGUUUAAGUUUGCACAGUGGUGCAGUCUUUACUGCGCGUGCCUUCCAAUCCAGAACAUACUAUUUGACAAGCUGGCACUUGGGCCCUGUGUUUUGCGCAAUAAUGUGUCAUUAAGGUUGUGUCCUGUAUUUUAAACCUUAUUCAGAAAUUUGAAUUAAACCAAAAAUUAAAGUAAUUGUCUGAGAAUGGUGCUGGACCAUCUGACGUAAAAAGAGAAGGGGACAGUUUGAUGAAGAAGCUUUAAAUAAGGGUUAGAAUCCAGGCAUGCCACAUGAUUGCGCAAAUCACAGGGCCCUACCAUAACCUCCGACUCCUUCAUUCAUCCCUAUUUCGGUCAGUGGCGCAACUCAAUUUGACCUACUUAUAAACAGAUGUUUCUCCUAUGCCCUAUAAAGCGUUUGUUGCUGUACCAUGUCUCGUAAAUUAUAAUGGAUAUGUAUCUAGCAUUCAUUUAGAUUGUAAGAUCCAUUUCUUUCAAUAUAAUUACUGAAAGAUUGGGUAAUUCGAUUAUGAUUUUAUGCUCCCCUCACAAAUUAAAUUUAGCCAGUAAGAGUUUUGCUAUAAUAAAUGGAGCUCAGUGCAAAUGUCUAAAGUUCCAGUAUCAUCACCUUUCUCAAUGUGCCAAUCCUGAAAUGUAGCACUUUUCACUGAUUUACACUUUGCUAUGAAAACUGAAAAGUUGACCAGAUGAUUGUUUGUUUUCCAGUGUUCCAGACAGGCAUGGUGGGCUACCCAGAGGCCCUGACUGACCCGUCCUACAGGUGUCAGAUUCUCACCCUCACCUACCCUCUGCAGGGCAACUAUGGCAUACCCAAGGAUGAGAAGGGUGACUUUGGACUCAGCAAGGUGGGUGGAGUUGGCUAGUAGCCAGUGUUUCACAGAAGCUUCCCAACAGAAAUAAUAGGUGGAGAAAAUAAAUAUAUUGACCCCAAGCUCCUGUUUGACUGUAAUGUUAAAUUCUGUUUUACAUUUAAGUCAUUUAGCAGAUGCUCUUAUCCAGAGAGACUUACAGGAGCAAUUAGGGUUAAGUGCCUUGCUCAAGGGCACAUCAACAGAUUCUUCACCUAGUCGGCUUGGGGAUUAGAACCAGCGACCUUUCAGUUACUGGCACAACGCUCUUAACCACUAAGCUACCUGCUGCCCCUCAGUGGUUUGAGUCUUCUAAGAUCCACGCUGCAGCCCUCAUCGUAGGAGAGAUCUCCCAGAACCCCAGCCACUGGAGCUCAUCCAUGUCUCUGGACCAGUGGCUCAAAGAGCAGGGCAUCCCUGGCCUAGAGGGUCAGUAGAGUUAUCAUUCUAAACAUCCUAAUACUGUAUCAAAUGUUGUCUGAAUGUGUUUUGAUAUGGUGCUGCUUACAGUAGUGUGUACAAUAGAGGUUGUAGUUGAUGCGCUUGCUGUGAUACUGUAGGAGUUGAUACCCGCAGUCUGACCAAGAAGAUCCGUGAGAAGGGAACCAUGCUGGGGAAGCUGGUUGUGGACGGAACGCCGGAGGCCAACGUUCCAUUUGACAACCCUGACCAGAGGAACCUGGUCAAGGAGGUGUCCAUGAAGGUAAGGCGUUGCUAUGUUUCAGUUUGGUCCUGUCACACUUUUUUUAGUGUUUUGAUCCUAAAACGUCCUAAAUCAAAUGCCAAUGGUUUUGUGUGGAUUACAUAACGCUUAUCACAUUCCAAGUCCGUGAAAAGUCUAAUGUUUUGUCUCUCACCACAGUAGAUAAGCAGAGGCUCUUUUUUCUCAUAACUAAUAAGUGCCUUGUCUGUCUGUGUGUUGAGCAGGAGCCCCUGGUGUUCAACCCCAGUGGUACUAUCAGGAUCACAGCAGUAGACUGUGGCAUUAAGUACAACCAGAUCCGAUGCUUGUGUCAGAGAGGGGCCUGUGUCACCGUGGUGCCCUGGGAUUACCCACUAGACAGCACAGGUUAGUCACAGGUGGUUACAGCACUGGGUUUCAUAUACAAUUCAGAAGGGCACUGUACCAUCACUCCCUGUUCCCUUGUUUUCCCUUUUCUCUCACCUGCCUUGAUCUUUACCUUGGAGCUUCUGACCUGCAAAGUUGAGUUUCAGCCACAGUAGAACUUUAUGAUAUAAUAUGUGAAAUAGUUUGUAUUGUAAUAUUUGUUGUUGCUAUGCUGAAAGAGAUGUGGUCCUUUUCAGAUUUUGAUGGGCUGUUUAUAAGCAACGGCCCUGGGGACCCCCAGUUCUGUAAGGAGACCAUAAACAACGUGAGGAAGGUGGUGUGUGUGGACAACCCCAAGCCUGUGUUUGGUAUCUGCCUGGGCCACCAGCUUCUCUCCCUCGUCAUCGGAGCAAAAACCUACAAAAUGAAGUUAGUACAGGGAUAGGGUACUAAAUGGUAGUUGUGAUUGGUGUCACUCUCUCUCUGCCUCCUCAGCUCUUAAGUUCUGCUUACUCUGUCUUUCUUUUGCUUCAAAGAGGACAGCCAGUGGUGCUGGCUGUUGGUGCUGUUAUUUGGCUCCCUCCCUCAGAUGUCAGUGUUUCCCAGGGCCCCUCUUUAUUUAUCUGGGAGUGUUCUGGUGUGAAAUGAGCUUUUCUGCUUAGCACAGCAGUCUGGAUGCAGCCUAAUGCAUUGCUGAGGUGCUGGAAAGGCCUGGUUUGUUUUGGUAAGACUCCUGGGAUUGUGACUUUGUUAGCGUUCCGUUCGUCCAAGGCCAGAUGAGAUGCCAGCUUCCUUUUGUCCCUCUGGAAAGUUUGGCCAUGCAGCUGUACAGUCAGUGGGUGGAAAGCAUAACAGUUGACAGGGUUUAUAGCGAGACCUCUGCACUGUUUAGGUGUCAAGUAAGGAUUCUGCAGAAUAUAGGCCAUUUAAAGAAUAGAAUUAGACUAAAACAACUCUGUGCGUCUGUUUUUAGGUAUGGAAAUCGUGGCCAUAACCAGCCCUGCAUCCACAAGGGCACGGAUCGCUGUUUCAUCACCUCUCAGAACCAUGGCUUUGCUGUGGACCCUCUCACCCUGCCUCAGGGCUGGGAUGUACUCUUCACCAAUGCCAAUGACCAGACCAGUGAGGGCAUUGUGCACAACACCAAACACCUAUUCAGGUACAACUACAAAUACAAACUCUUGUGCAGCUUCCAGCCUUUCAUCUUGUUUAAUUGGGGAAAAAAUGGUAGUCAACAAAAUGACCCUCCAAGAUACAGGAAAUUGAUAUCCAGAUAUUGUUUUACCCGUGUCAUUUCAGUGUCCAGUUCCACCCAGAGCACAUGGCAGGCCCCACUGACCUGGUCAGUCUGUUUGAUGUGUUUCUGGACACAGUCAGAGACUACAAGGAGGGCAAGAGUGGCAAACCAGGUUAGAUGUGCAUUCAUCUCCUCAACACUUACCUCUGUAUUCCAAUUGUAGAAUAUAGUAACGUCUCUCUCUCCCUCCCUGCAGUGAAGCAGAGACUGACGGAGCACCUGACCUACCCUGGUUCUCCCAAGCCGGAGGAGUUUGUUCGGCCACGCAAGGUCCUGAUCCUGGGCUCUGGAGGCCUCUCCAUCGGACAGGCUGGGGAGUUUGACUACUCUGGCUCUCAGGUGAGACACACUGCCAACACCAGUGAAGACCUAACAGCAAAUGCCAUGAGCCGUAUAAUUCAAUGUUGGUUCUCUAAUUUAACAGUACUUGAACUAAUCAGACACUUGUCUAUGUCCAACACCCCCCCCAAGGCCAUAAAAGCAUUGAAGGAGGAGAACAUUCAGACUGUGCUCAUUAACCCCAACAUUGCCACGGUUCAAACCUCCAAGGGACUGGCUGACAAGGUCUACUUCCUGCCUCUCACCCCAGAGUACGUCACUGAGGUAAGGAAGGACAUUGCUACCUGCGCCAUCCUCCAGUCACUCAUUUCAGAUGAGUGCUCAACAAGCAAAGCGUGUGCGUUAAAACUCUCUCAGAUACUCAGAACUCAGGCCCCGUGUAGCUCAGUUGGUAGAGCAUGGCGCUUGCAACGCCAGGGUUGUGGGUUCGUUUCCCACGGGGGGCCAGUAUGAAAAUGUAUGCACUCACUAACUGUAAGUCGCUCUGGAUAAGAGCGUCUGCUAAAUGACUAAAAUGUAAAUGUAGAACUGAUAGUAGAGAAGGAGCCCGUUUGUCCCACAAGUUGUCAUUGAAAUUCAUUCAUUCAUUCAUUCAGGCAAUGAGUGAGAACUGACCAUCUGCCAAAUUUCCCCUGUCCAGGUGAUAAAGAAUGAGCGUCCAGAUGGGGUCCUCCUGACCUUCGGGGGGCAGACUGCUCUGAAUUGCGGGGUGGAGCUGACCAAGAGGGGGGUCCUGGAGAAGUAUGCGGUGCGUGUGCUGGGGACGCCAGUGGCCUCCAUCGAGAUGACUGAGGACAGAAAGAUCUUUUUGGAGAAGAUGGAGGAGAUCAAUGAACAUGUGGCACCCAGCGAGGCUGCUCUGUCUGUGGAGCAGGUAAGGAGAGGGGCUUGGGACAAAUGUCUCACUCACUCCCUCUCACACACACAUUGACCCAUACCCAAACGAUACAAUUUUCUUCCUGAUUUUCACUUUAUUAAUGGGUUAGAACCAUCCUUUUGAUCUAUUUGACUACUCUGGGCUUUUGCUGUGUGUAUAUUUACAUGUUCUUUUUUUUCUGUGUCUUAGGCGGUGGCGGCUGCAGAGCGUCUUGGCUACCCUGUCCUGGUGCGCUCUGCCUUUGCCUUGGGCGGACUGGGCUCUGGCUUUGCCAAUAACAGUGAGGAGUUGACCUCUCUGGUGAUCUCUGCCUUCGCCCACACCUCCCAGGUCCUAGUGGACAAGUCCCUGAAGGGCUGGAAGGAAAUCGAGUAUGAAGUGGUCAGAGACGCCUACGACAACUGUAUCACCGUAAGUAGAGGGACGACACUGCAUGUGACUGUAUUAUGGAUAAUAUUGAGAAUGUAUACAUUGUUUACAAAUUUGUUACUAUGUUAUUAUGCAUUUGACUGUAUUACGGCUACUAUUUAGAGAUUAUACAUCGGAGUUUAAGUGUGAAGCCUCCUUAUCAAUGGAGACGCAAGAUCGAAUGUGAUUAAAGUGUUGAGUGUGUUCAUCUGUCCUGUAGGUAUGUAACAUGGAGAACAUUGACCCUCUGGGUAUCCACACUGGGGAGUCCAUCGUGGUGGCGCCCAGUCAGACUCUCAACGACUAUGAGUACAACAUGUUGAGGGACACCGCCAUCAAGGUCAUCAGACACCUGGGCAUCGUGGGAGAGUGUAACAUCCAGUACGCCCUCAACCCUGAGUCUGAACAGGUAAUAGUCCGUACUGACAUUGUGAAUCAUAUUCGGAUAGUUUAUACUAGUGUUAAACCUCUGAAACGUGUUCUGAUAUUUUACAAUGUUUAUACUGUAUAGCAAUCUAAAUGGGUGUUUCUGUGCUCUAGUACUACAUCAUUGAAGUGAAUGCCCGUCUGUCUCGGAGCUCAGCUCUGGCCAGUAAAGCUACAGGAUAUCCCCUGGCCUACGUGGCUGCCAAGUUGGGUCUGGGCAUCCCUCUACCUGUCCUCAAGUGAGUUUGGACAAAAGUCAGGUUAAGAAUUUAAUUUGGGCAUUUAUCUACUAAUACCAAGGUUGUAACCAGUCCUGGUAAUGUUUCUGCUCUUGUCCAGGAACUCUGUGACCAACCAGACCACGGCUAACUUUGAGCCCAGUCUGGACUACUGUGUGGUGAAGGUCCCUCGCUGGGAUCUCAGCAAGUUCCUCCGUGUCAGCACCAAGAUAGGCAGCUCCAUGAAGAGCGUGGGUAAGAGGAUUUGGAGCAGCAGAGUGCCUUAUAUCUAUAGAGGCAGAUGAUUCUACCACUUGGUGGCAUUGCAGGUUUACAUACUAAGGGAUUCGUUGGUUAAUAUACUUUUUGUCUGUGACCUUGUAGGUGAGGUGAUGGCCAUUGGCCGCAGCUUUGAGGAGGCCUUCCAGAAGGCUCUGCGGAUGGUGGAUGAGAAUUGUGUGGGCUUUGACCACACCAUCAAACCAGUGUCUGACGAGGUAAGCUCAGUCAGCACAUUUUUACCUGGCUUUUUUCUCUUGGCUUCCUUUUAUGUGAACUGUUCUGACAUGACUCUGUCCUGUGGUCUUACAGGAGCUGCAGACCCCGACAGACAAGCGUAUCUUUGUGCUGGCAGCUGCUCUGAGGGCAGGCUACACAGUGGACCGCCUGUACGACCUGACCAAGAUCGACCGCUGGUUCCUCCACAAGAUGAAGAACAUCGCGGACCAUGAGAAGGUGCUGGAGUCGUACAACCAGGACGAGAGCGCCAUGCCUCUGGGGGUGAUGAGGAAAGCCAAGCAGCUGGGCUUCUCAGACAAACAGAUCGCCCUGGCUGUGCAGAGGUACUGGUACUGUGUUACUUGUCAGAAUGGUAGCCUGCUAUUCACACGUGUUUCAAAACAUUUAAAAGUUGAGUCUGUUACAUUAAAAAAAUCUCAUAGAACCUAUACAGAGUGAGAUAAUCGAGAUUGCUGUUGACAAAACUUGACUUGCUCUUCAGUGAUGAUACGAUGACGAGUCGGAACGGGACACAGGCGAUCUCUGGGGUCACUGGGUCAGGGUCACAUUCUGUGUCUCUAGGUUCAGUUCCCUUGAGCAGCGUGUCCUUCAGUUGAAGACAUCGAGGCAUUUGUCUGAGAAGGGCUUGAUUGAUUUGAAAUGUCUUUUUUAAAUGAGCUUGUCGGACCUUUGACCCUGCAUCUCUCUCCAGCACGGAGCUGGCGGUGAGGAAGCUGCGACGUGAUUGGAGCAUCUUGCCGGUGGUGAAGCAGAUCGACACUGUGGCAGCAGAGUGGCCAGCCCACACCAACUACCUGUACCUGACCUAUAACGGUACAGAGAGUGACCUGGGCUUCAGCGAACCCCACGUAAUGGUGAUCGGCUCCGGAGUGUACCGCAUUGGCAGCAGUGUGGAGUUUGACUGGUGUGCUGUGGGCUGCAUCAUGGAACUCAGGAAGGUAUGAUUAUUUAUACUUUUUACAGAAGAGCUCUCAAUAAUAAUAAUAAUAAUAAUAUUAUGUUGAUAUUGUCAUGAUUUGCUAAUUUGCUGUGUUUCCCCCCAAGAUGGGCUAUAAAACCAUCAUGGUGAACUAUAACCCAGAGACUGUCAGCACAGACUACGACAUGUGCGACCGCCUCUACUUCGAUGAGAUCUCCUUUGAGGUAAGAAUGCUCGACUGAUGGCAUGGUCCUAACUCACUUUCUUUCAAACAUUUUAUUUUGUAGUUUUUCUUCAUACAAUAUAUGGCAAUCACCAACAUUCAAAGGUCCUAACUUACUUGAUCUAAUGCUUUUAUCUCAUAAGCAAAAGACCUCAACACCUCUCCAUCAAACCCUGUUUAAUGCAUGGUAUGUUACUAUUCCCAUGAACAUGGAGCUCCAUUGUCGCCUCCCUUCCUCCAGGUUGUGAUGGACAUCUAUGAGAUGGAGAACCCAGAGGGAGUGAUCCUGUCCAUGGGGGGCCAGCUGCCCAACAACAUCGCCAUGUCCCUCCACAGGCAGCAGUGUCGCAUCCUGGGCACCUCCCCGGAGUUCAUCGACUCUGCUGAGAACAGGUUCAAGUUCUCCCGCAUGCUGGACACCAUCGGCAUCAGCCAGCCCCUGUGGAAGGAACUCACAGAGAUUGAGGUCAGCACAGAACAGGGCUUCUAAUCUGUUUUGAAUUUCAAACCAGUAAUGAAGAGGUUAAAGGUCUUGGUUGCAGAUGAGUUGAUGAGCAAUGCUAUUGUUUUGAUCUUAAGUUGGAUGGAAAUUGUGAGUUUUAUGUAAUAUUGUAUCCUCCCCUCCCAGUCGGCUAUGAAGUUCUGUGAGACCGUGGGCUACCCGUGUCUGGUGCGUCCCUCCUACGUGCUGAGUGGAGCAGCCAUGAAUGUGGCGUACACAGACAGCGACCUGGAGAAGUACCUGAGCAGCGCUGUAGCCGUGUCCAAGGAAUACCCCGUGGUCAUCUCUAAGUUCAUCCAGGAGGCCAAGGUAUGACUCGGUAAAUGCUUGACUACACAGAUUGCAAUGCCUUACUGCUUUGUCAUUAAAGGGAUAAUUCACUUAAAUAAAUUACAUUUUCCUUUAUUUUGAAUUUGUAAGAAAGUGGAUUAUACCUUUUUUUAAAUAUCCAGUGAGCCUCUAGUUUGGACCUGACUGAAGUCUCUCUCUGUCUUUCAGGAGAUAGACGUGGAUGCGGUGGCGUGUGACGGUGUGGUGAUGGCCAUCGCCGUGUCAGAGCACGUGGAGAACGCCGGGGUGCACUCUGGGGAUGCCACCCUGGUCACGCCCGCCCAGGACAUCAACCAGAAGACCAUGGAGCGCAUCAAGAUGAUCGUCCACGCCAUCGGUCAGGAGCUGCAGGUCACCGGGCCCUUCAACCUGCAACUCAUCGCUAAGGUAGUCUUUCUAAAGGACAUUUUGGAGUUUCAAAUCAGAGGUUGACGAUCAAUAACACGUCAAACAGAUAAUCAGUCUCUGCUGGAUUUCCAAUGGCUGUCCUCUUGUUGCCUUUAAUUGCAACAAGUGUGUUUUCUGGACAGGAUGACCAGUUGAAGGUGAUCGAGUGCAACGUCCGAGUCUCGCGCUCUUUCCCGUUCGUCUCGAAGACGCUGGGAGUGGAUCUGGUCUCCCUGGCAACACGUGUCAUCAUGGGAGAGGAGGUGGAGCCUGUGGGCCUGAUGAAAGGAGUGGGCAUCGUGGGCGUCAAGGUAACAGAACAGACAAGUCUCUACAACAACCAUUUAAUACUCUAGUUUAAUUACCUACACCAGUGAUAUUCAACUAUAGUAUUACGGGGGCCAGAUUUGAAAAAGGUUAUUUGCAGGGGGGCUAGACAUUUUCUCCUAAAACUGGUAUAAAAAACACUUUUAUUAAAAUGUUAAUGUUGCUAAAAGUUCAUUUUAAGUGCUUUAAGAUUAGCCUAAUUCAGUGCAUACAAUUGUUUAAAUAAUGGAACACAUUUGUACUUAUAACACAGUUGACCUGCAUCACAUUUAAUUAGUUUCUACUUUCCUGUCUAUUAUACUAUAGCUUCAUCUUUGGUUUUUAUUUACACAUAGGAAACCUUUUAUGCAUGGCAUAUCUUAGUUGACUAGCUUUUGCGGACUCUCCACCCCGCAUCAGUAGAGAACAGGUCCUAUAACCAACUGCACCACCUCUGUGGGGACUUAAACUCAUCAAAUCUUGUUGCAAAGUUAGCUUUCCAUUUAUCUAAAACUCCGACAUCACGGGAGUCAUCUGUAGGCUCAUGAUGAUGACUGAAUAUAUUUGCGCAGUAAAGGGAAAUGGAGCGUUUUGUUUGGCCUCAAAUCAGAGAAGUGUUUUAUCCCUAACCCUGUAGUCCCAAAUUAAGUCCAUUCAAUUGAUUUGAAGAUGUCACAAAAAAACAAACCUAUGAUACGAACUCUUCAUAAAACAUGUGUUGGCUUUCUUGUCACGGCGAAAAGCCACGAUCUCCCUAAGCUCACAUAGGCUGCUCUCUUGAGAUCACUAUUACCCUUGCUUAGCCACCGAACAUCAUGAUGUAAAAGUAGAUCAUGAUGCUCAGCAGACUACUAAACAAGCAAUGUUGCAGGCUAGAUGUUAAUCGGAUGAAGUUUAUGAUAGCCAUAACUGAGUAAUAUAAUAACGCUCUGAUCGGCUGUAUCUGGUAUGUUGGGUGAUAGUGAUUGACAGCACUUAAUGGGCGGGACUACAGGAAAACAGAUUCUCCCAUUGGAGAAUAUUGAAUGAGGGCUCCUUUUGACACAUUGGAUUUUUUAUGUAAUGUUCAGAAUGGAUCUAAGGUCCAUUCUAAAUUGAUAAAGGUUCCGGAUCUGGCCCGCGGGCCGCCAGUUGAAUAGCCUUGACUUACACUAACAACCUCCAUAUGUUUGAAUGUGUCUUUCUCUCUCUCAGGUCCCCCAGUUCUCGUUCUCUCGUCUGGCCGGGGCUGAUGUGGUUCUGGGGGUAGAGAUGACCAGCACUGGGGAGGUGGCCUGCUUUGGAGAGAACAGAUACGAGGCCUAUCUGAAGGCCAUGCUCAGCACAGGCUUCAAGAUCCCCAAGAAGAACAUUCUGCUUUCCAUCGGCAGUUAUAAGGUGACUACAAUGAGAUAUGAAUGCAUCUAUUGCUAAUCUACAUGGAAAUUCAUUUUGAGGCUAGCGCUACAUAAAUGUUCCUUGCUUGUUUCUAGAACAAGAGUGAGCUGCUGCCUACUGUUCAGGCUCUGGAGAGUCUGGGCUAUGACCUGUAUGCCAGCCUAGGGACCGCUGACUUCUACACUGAGCAUGGAGUCAAGGUACAUCACAUCUAGUCUGAGUGGGCACGUAUCCACUUCUCAACAGAGUAUAACCUUUUUUCCGCCUUACACGGUUUCCAGGAAAGAUGAGCAAUUUUCAAUUCACAACGUCAUUUUCAAUUUACUUCCUGAAUUUGACUGAAUUAAACUUUACGUACUGUCUUCAGGUGAUAGCAGUGGACUGGCCGUUUGAGGAGGAGGAGAGCGACUGCCCCAACAAGGACAAGCAGAGGAACAUCUUGGAAUACCUGGAGGACCACCACUUUGACAUGGUCAUCAACCUCUCCAUGAGGAACUCUGGAGGCCGACGCCUCUCCUCCUUCGUCACCAAGGGUUACCGCACCCGCCGCAUGGCCAUCGACUACUCAGUCCCCCUCAUCAUUGACAUCAAGUGCACCAAGCUCUUUUUCCAGGUAGGUUAGUUAGGGGGCUGUGAUGGGAUGUCAGCCACUGAUUUUUGAGCUAGCGAUGAUUGACUGCUGAAUAUCCUGAUUGAAGUGUGUGCUGCUGUGAUUGUAGGCGUUGCGUCUGGUUGGAGGUUUUCCGCCCGUCAAGACUCACGUGGACUGUAUGACAUCACAGAAGUUGAUUCGCCUGCCUGGUAAGCAGUAAGCGCCGUAGGCUUGGGCUGUGACUAAAAAGUGAAGGCUGUUAAAACUUAAAAUAUCAAUCCCCCUGCUUUCUUCCUGUAUUCAGGGAAUACAUGAUGGCACCUUCAGUCAACCUGUGGAACUACAUUGUUUCUGAACAGUACUAAUUGAGUCCCCUCUCCCUGUGUCCUGUGCCAGGUCUGAUAGAUGUGCACGUCCACCUUCGGGAGCCGGGUGCCACUCACAAGGAAGACUUCUCCUCGGGCACAGCGGCUGCCCUGGCAGGGGGCAUCACCAUGGUGUGUGCCAUGCCCAACACGGCACCCGCCAUCAUCGACCCCAGCUCCCUCACCAUGGUCCAGAAGGUAAUGAGAGCAUACUUGGUCAUUUAAGACAUUCGCCACUGAAUAUUACAAAUAAAUUGGUUUCAGACAUGAAAUGAUGCCUGUUUUUAAAAUGGACCAAUGCAGUACUUAAAGGUUUACUCACUCACUGUUGAUCUAAUUUUUUGUCCCUGUUGUCUCAGCUUGCCAAGGCAGGGUGUCGCUGUGACUAUGCCCUCUACGUCGGGGCGGCUUCAGACAAUGCUGCCAUCUUGUCCUCCAUUGCCAACUCCGUCGCUGGGCUGAAGAUGUAUCUGAACGACACCUACUCCACUCUGAAGAUGGACAACGUCUCACUUUGGAUGGAGGUAGGAAACUUAUCAACUGACUGAAUGAUGUCCUUGAUUGAUAUCAUUCACAAGUGUUUCUGUUGAUCUGAAUGCUUUCUCUUUGUGUGAACUAGCACUUUGAGAAGUGGCCCAAGCACCUACCAAUCGUGGCUCACGCAGAGAAGCAGACAGUGGCAGCCAUCUUGAUGGUGGCCCAGCUGUACCAGAGAGCUGUUCAUAUCUGCCACGUGGCCAAGAAGGAGGAGGUAAGAUGGCCGCCUGGAACAUCACAUGCAUACAGAUGGAGCACUGCUUUGGCUUUGUGUUGCCCGUUCAUUGUCUCCAGAGUGAAUGAGGUGUCAACCAAGGCAUACAGGAACCUUGUAGUUGUCUUUUUUGGAAGGAGUCAUCACUGAUUCCUUUCAUUUAAGAUAAACUGCAAGAACACACGGCUGUAGCUAGUUAGAAGAAAAAGGAUAAAGCGCUGCUCUUAUGUUCUAAGAUAAGACUUUGCCUACAAAUGUGCUUUGUGCCAUUGAAAUGAUUAAUUAUAAGCCAGAAACAGACCAGAACACACACAAGAUAGUAUGUCAUGAAUUUGCUGAGUAAUGGUUGGCAUCUCUUCCAUCCUUCCCUUCCCCCAGAUCCUGAUCAUCCGCGCAGCCAAGCAGAAAGGCAUCCAGGUGACGUGUGAAGUGGCGCCCCACCACCUCUUCCUGUGUGAGGAGGACGUGGCGCACAUCGGUGACGCCCGGGCACAGGUACGCCCCAUGCUGGGAACCCGGGAGGACAUGGAGGCCCUCUGGGAACAUUUGGACAUCAUUGACUGCUUCGCAACCGACCACGGUGAGGGCUCCAUUAACCCCAACCUUCCACAUACUGUAUCAGUUUAUCAUUCAAUACUCAACUUGUAACCAUGUUGGCAUACAACAUUCUUGAUAAUAUUUCUGUAUGUUUUGGCUAACAGCCCCCCAUUCAGUGGAGGAGAAGAACUCAGAGAAGCCCCCCCCAGGCUACCCCGGCCUGGAGACCAUGCUGCCCCUCCUCCUCACCGCCGUCAGCGACGGGCGCCUCACCAUCGACGAUAUUAUCAAGCGCCUGUACGACAACCCCCGCAAGAUCUUCUCCCUGCCCACACAGGACAACACCUAUGUAGAGGUAGCUACAGACACACAAAUAAAUCUUUUAGCAUGUAAAAUGGGCAACAUGGCAUGGAUUUAUUCCCCUUGGGUUACCACAUUGAAAUACAAAGAGUGAUUGAAAAGAGACUAAAUGUCUUGGCUUUUCAAGACAAUUUUUGAGGUCUAAAGACCUGCUGUCUCCCACCAGGUAGACCUGGAGCAGGAGUGGGUCAUCCCCAAACACAUGCAGUUCACAAAGUCCAAGUGGACGCCCUUCGAAGGCAUGAAGGUGAAGGGCAAGGUCCGCAGAGUGGUGCUCAGAGGAGAGUUGGCCUACAUCGACGGACAGGUGCUAGUCCCUCCUGGCUAUGGGGAGGAUGUGAAGACUUGGCCUGCACCCAUCCCCAUCCAGCCCCCUGAACCUGUGAAAGAAGUCCCACAGGUACAGUCCCACCCAUUUCCGCUCCGCCCUUUCACAUAAGUGUGCUUCGAUUCAACCAACAGUUAUGUGAUGUAGCAUACUAGCAGGCAUUGGCCGUGACCGGCAUUUGCUCUUGUGUGUCUGUGUGUGGCAGACCCCAGAGCACCCCCGGCUGAUCCCGCCAUGUGAGGGCAUCCGUACCCGCGCCCCGAGCCCUCGCCGCUCUGCUGGGGAUGGCCGCUACAUGCUCCCGCCCCGUGUCCACAGGUCCUCCGACCCAGGCGUGCCUCCAGGUACUACAGCUCCCACAACCCCUUCUUUCCCCCCAGAGCCUGUUUGUCACUUAACUGAAGUUGCCUGGAUGUUUUGUAUUACACAGCUGAGCGCUUACUUGUUGUGGCAAAAUGCUUUGUGAAUAUCUAUUUCAAUAAAUUGGAUAUUCACUGUGUCCAUCUAUAGGUUUUAGGACAAUACACACAAAAUGGCGCUUGGAUUUCGUUGGUAAACCUUUUUUUAGUCUGUAUCUAUGAACCCACUGAUCAUGUGAUUUAAGCGCACCAUAUAUAAAGUGUUUUCUGAUAAAGCAAAUCAUUUAAUGAGUCUCUACUGUAGGCAGCAUGGUCAUCAUGACUGAUUGAUUGGCUCGUAAGAGGAGAAGUACAUUUGCUGAUUAAAUGAGGUCUAAAUAUAUGGCUCAACGUAUAGCUCUGAUGCUGAAGACCGUUUGGUCGGCCAUUUGCUAUGCUCCUUCACCCAUUAAUAAGACUGUUCAAUCACAGCCACUAUCGGAUGAUUUCAGUUUGAAAUUAAUGAUGGCAGUUGUUGAUUAACGUUUGAUUCUCACAUUUUUUAAAGAUUCAUGUCACUGUCUUUUGUAAGAAACAAUGGCUGGAUGAAAUGAUGCUCAAUGCCACAAUCGCAAACGUAUUAAUAACCCAAAUGAUAUUAGCGUUUCAUAUCAGUAUACUGGCUAAUUCCUAUAGUAUUGUCUAAAUUACCAUAGUUUUGUGUCAUCCCUCUAACACUUGUGUUCUAACUUUUUGUCAUGAUAUUCUAAGCAGCUGAAGAUUCAAGGGGAAGAGCAUUUGAAGAAGGUUUAAGAGAAGGUUUGAAGCUUGAUUUAGCGCAGCUCAGCUGUUACGCAUAAUACUAACCUCUUGCCCAUAUCUGCUAUCUUUGAGGCUGUUUCGCGUAAUUCUGGCAAUGCAUUCCAAUGGAGUUAUACUGGUAGUUGCUUUGGUGAACACUUGUAUUGCAUGAUUGGUUGUAGAGCUGCUAGAGAAAUGUUGGAAUUACAUUCCUGCCCGUUAGAUGCUGCACUACCCAUGUCGCUUUGCUUGGAGCAGACUGCUUUCCUAACGCUUGGAUCAUUUAGAAUGAAAAAGCGACAAACUUGCUUUGAAAUAUGGUGUAAUCAGUGCUUUUGUUGGUUGCGUGUCAUCCUCAGGAAAUAAAAACGACUGCAAUCCUUUUUGGAGAUGCUGCUGAACUAAUGAAUAUUAACACACAUUACAUUUCUCCUUUGGUAUUUGAAGUGUUUGCUGUUUCUCUGUCCCCAGAGAUGGCCCAUUCAGCUGGGGACGGCUACAGCCAUCCCCCUCCACUGGCCAGGAUCCUGUCCCCCUGGGCUGAGGCAGGGUUGGGGGUAGUGGCAGGUCAGCCCCAGACCCUGACCCACCUCCAGACCUCCCCCCUACUGCACCCCCUAGUGGGACAACACGUCCUCUCUGUCAGGCAGUUCAGCAAGGAACAGGUACUCCACAUAAAUGGGAAGGAUUUACUGAAGAACAUAUGUGCUGUUAAUUAAUUUUCAUAUCAAUUUUCAUAAAUGUAUGUAAAUUGUAAAGUAUUUUGUCUGUGUUUUUCGUUAUGUCGGACCCCAAUAAGACUAGCUGUCGCCAUUGGUGUCGGCUAAUGGGGAUCCUAAUAAAUCAAAUCAAAACCCUUUUUUUCUUUUCUUGUGAAUCUAUUUCAGAUCUCUCACUUGUUUAACGUGGCCCAUACUCUUCGCCUGAUGGUUCAGAAAGAGAGAAGCCUAGACAUCCUGAAGGUAAGAGUUCUUUCAAACUCUGAUUAAUCUAAAGAACAACAGUUCAGUAACACUUAGCGAUGUACCGAUUUUACUGAUACGCGUCGGUCCCCGAUUUCAAAUGUUUAAAAAAAAAAAGACUGCAUUGGUCUGCUGACCCCAAACCAAUCCAAAAGUAGCAUGCAUCGGUCAGAAAAUCGAUUCAAACGUUCAGAAUCCCUGAUUCACAAAUUUGUUUUGCUCAUAUUUAGGGCUGUGACGGUCAUGAAAUUUUGUCAGCCGGUUAAUAUCAUGCAAAAGUCUUCCAUUAAUUAACAUAAACAGGUUUAGCAUCUCCAGGCUUCCACGCAUACAAGCCGCUGAUGCGCGCCUUUGGAACAUCUACAUUAAAAAAAGUCUCAUUCAAUUUUAAUAUAUACCAUCACAAUAAAUCCAUUAUUUACGUUAGUCAGGUCUAAAGAAACAUAUUCUGUUCUACUGAAAUGCAUUUUGUUCAUUUCAUGAGUUGGCCUACUGUAGGCCUAUGUUAUCUGGCUAUGCUCCAUGCCAAAGGCUGUAGGCUUGUUCAUUUAGCUGACAAGAUAUGCUAAUAAAUCCUGUGCCAUUAUUUUAUAGUAAGAAGAAUAUAAUUUCACUUAGCUGAAUAAAAUAAAGGAUAUUUUUCCCAUUAUAGAGCGACUGCACAUUUGAAGUGGCUAUGUUGAGCGUAAAAGUGAUCAUUUGAAACAGGUCCUAUAUGCUAGAUUUAGUUUUUUGGCAACUUCAGUUGUGAAUGAUACAAACCUUAAAAUGUCUUAGAAAUCAAAACCUAUACAGGCUGCAUGGUAUGACUACAGGCUAUUGAUUUUGAGAAAGUAGCAAAAAAAGCUUGCUCUCUGUUCCUUGCCUUAGGCUGCACAGCUGUUCUAUCAUCAAUCAUAUUUUCACCCAUCAGACUAUUCUCAAUUUAAUCUUGUCUUUACUAAUAUGACAAAUUUGUUUCGAUUUAGAAUGGCCCAUUUAUCAAAUGGGGAGGGGCAGGGGGAAAAAUACAUGUAAUCUGUAUGCACUCGAAUGGAGGCUGCACUUUCCCACCGGUCCGUUUUGUAGGUUACAUUGGUUUUAUAGCAUGUGCUUAAUAUGAGCUGCUGAGAAAUAAAUAUAAGAACACUUAUUUCACUCAACGCAUCAACCACUGUUGGAGAAACAUGCUCUCGCUGCCCCGACAGGUGAUAUUCCGCCCAAACUCUGUAUGCCAUGGGCUCUCCAACCUUUUUCCUGCAGCUACCCAGUGCUUAAUUUGGGAAACUAGGUGAAAUCGGUUCGGGAACAUCGAUAGUACCGGUAACAUGUUUUCACAACAAAACAUAUUUCACUAAACUGUUGACAGCCCAUCUGCAUGCUCGAGAAAGGAAUAAAGGAGUGCGAGGAGGAGAUGGAAAUGCUAAAAGUAAUGUCACCCAAUUUAAUUAUGAAAAUAUAAAAAAUGCCCCAUUUUUACUAGGCUAUUCAAAAUAAAAUACAAAUUCACUAAUUGUAGGCUAACUGUAAGCCGCCCUGCACAAUCAAUGAACCAACAGCAUCGCCUAGGGCUAUACGUUCUCUCCCAGACUCAUUGAUAUACAUUUUGGGGCGUAGCAUAAGGUAACCGGUCCAUCCAGUAUGCGUAAUAAUACAGUCCGCACUCAAAGGCGAUUACUCGAAUUUGUUUAAUUUUGGAGUAUAGGCUAGACCAAUUAUGUACCAAAGACCUCUUAAAUCAGUUUUAUGUUUUUCUGCCAUGCCUAAUAUGUGGUAGGCUAUGUAUUGUAUAACAUUCACAAUCGUGUAAUUUUAAUUCAGUUUUUUUUAGGGGGGGGGGGGGGGCUUGGGCUCAUAAGCCUAUGCAAAAGCUCUAAUAUGCAUAUAUAUGGGUGUUUUGAAUUAAUCAUCACCUUAGAAAGCACUAUCCAUUUCGUUGUUAGGCUUUGAAACAACAUCCACAACCACCAUGUUUUACACUGAAUUUAAAAUGGGUUCAUUUGAUAUUUUUGUCACUGGCCUACACACAAUACCCCAAAGUGGAAUGUCGUUUUUGAAAUGUUUACAAAUGUAUUUAAAAAUGACUCAACACAUUUCAGCUUUUCAAUAAGGAUUCAACCCCUUUGUUAUGGCAAGACUAAGUUCAGGAGUAAAAAUGUGCUUAACAAGUCACAUAAUAAGUUGCGUGGACUCACUCUGUGUGCAAUAAGUGAUUUUUGAAUGACUACCUCCUCUCUGUACCCCACACAUGCAAUUAUCUGUAAGGUCCCUUGGUCGAGCAGUGAUUUUCAAACAUAAAGACAAGGGAGGUUUUCCAAUGCCUCGCAAAGAACGGUACCUAUUGGUAGAUGGGUACACAUUUAAAAAGCAGACGUUGAAUAUCCCUUUGAGCAUGGUGAUGUCAUUAAUUACACUUUGGAUGGUGUAUCAAUAUACACACAUACACAGUCACUACAAAGAUACAGGCGUCCUUCCUAACUCAGUUGUCGGAGAGGAAGGAAACCGCUCAGGGAUUUCACCAUGAGGCCAAUAGUUUAUUGGCUGUAAUAGGAGAGAACUGAGGAUGGAUCAACAACAUUGUAGUUACUCCACAACACUAACCUAAUUGACAGAAUGAAAAGGAAGCCUGUACAGAAUAAAAAUAUUCCAAACAUGCAUCCUAUUUGCAACAAGGCACUAAAGUAAUACUGCAAAAAAUUGUGGCAAAGCAAUCAACUUUUUGCCUGGAAUACAAAGUGUUAUGUUUGGGGCAAAUCCAAUACGACACAUUACUGAGUACCACUCUCCAUAUUUUCAAGCAUAGUGGUGGCUGCAUCAUGUUAUGGGUAUGCUUGUAAUCGUGAAGGACUGGGGAGUUUUUCAGGAUAAAGAAACAGAAUGGAGAUAAGCCCAAGCAAAAUCCUAGAGGAAAACCUGGUUCAGUCUGCUUUCAACCAGACACUGGGAGAUGAAGUCACCUUUCAGCAAGACAAUAACCUAAAACACAAGGCCAAAUCUACACUGGAGUUGCAUACAAAGAAGACAGUGAAUGUUCCUGAGUGGCUGAGUUACAGUUUUGACUGGAAUCUACUUGAAAAUCAAUGGCAAGGCAUGCAAAUGGUUGUCUAGCAAUGAUCAACAACCAAUUUGACAGAGCUUGAAGAAUUUUGAAAAGAAUAAUGGGCAAAUGUUGCACAAUCCAGGUGUGGAAAGCUCUUACAGACUUACCCAGAAAGACUCACAGCUGUAAUUGCUGCCAAAGGUGCUUCUACAAAGUAUUGACUCAGGGGUGUGAAUACUUAUGUAAAUGAGAUUUCUGUGUUUCAUUUUCAAUAAAUUAGCUAACAUAUAAACAUGUUUUCACUGUCGAAAGAACGUAUACGAGAUGCGCUUCAUCCUAGCUUAAACGAAAAAGAGGAAAUCAGAACCUUGAAGGCUAGAAAAUCAGAACCUUGAAGGCGAUUCAUCCUGAAACGUAAGCCUAUUGUUUGCUUGUACCAUAAAUAAAUACAUCGGAUUUACUGCUUUAGAACACUGCUUCUUUUUCUUUAUUCUCUCAGAUAGUCACCAGUUAAAGGUACCUGGGUUAUGGAUUGUUUUCACUGUCAUUAUGGGAUAUUGUGUGUAGAUGGGUGAGAGAAUUUUUUGUUUAAUCCAUUUUGAAUUCAGGCUGUAACGCACAACAAGUGGAAUAAGUCAAGGGGUAUGAAUACUUUCUGAAGGCACUAACUGUUGACAGUCAUUGAUCUACAAGUCCUUUUGAAUGCCAAACUACCCCAGGGAAUAUCAGUAGCUUAGUCAAACUGUGCCUAGCUUUGCACGCUGACUAACGUGAGGUAGGCGGCCUGUUACUGAUCUUUCACGUGUGCGGCACCUUCAGCAUUCGAAUGCUAGAAUGGCUUGUGGGAUAUUAGGCUUUAUUAGUUGAGUGACAUCUUAUGUAAUUUGCUAGGUUAUUGUUAUCUAUGCACUGUUGGAAAUUGGGUUUUACCGGAAUAAAAGUAGGCUACCGGAGACUACUCAUCUGGCUGUAGGCUACCUGCUGAAUGGGGCUUACAAUAGAUUUUAUUUAGAUUUUCAGGUUCAUCAUUGGCAAUAGUAGUUUUGCUUUAAACAAUUGGUGUAUAUGGUCAUUUUUAGACAUGCAGUGUAAAGUUGAUAAUUUCAUGACAAGGACAGACAAUCACUGCGAGGUGCACUGCAUGGCCAAAGCGGGAGGGGAAAGGAAUCUCAUUAAUAACUUCCAAGUGGUCAAAACCAUUUGAUUUUGAGUUUGGGAUGAAUGCCAAAGUUGUGCUAUACACAGAGUGUACAAAACAUUAAAAACACCUUCCUAAUAUUGAGUUGCACACCCUUUUUGCCCUCAGAACAGCCUCAAUUUGUCGGUGCAUGGACUCAACUAGGUGCCGAAAGCGUUCCACAUGGAUGCUGGCCCAUGUUGACUCCAAUGCUUCCCACAGUUGUCAGGUUGGCUGGAUGUCCUUUGGGUGGUGGACCAUUCUUGAUACACACGGGAAACUGUUGAGCGUGAAAAACCCAAUAGCGUUGUGAUUCUUGACCCACUCAAACCGGUGCGCCUGGCACAUACUACCAUACCCUGUUCAAAGGCACUUACAUUUUUUGUCUUGACCAUUCACCCGCUGAAUGGCACACAUACAUAAAAAUCAUUCUUUAACUUGUCUCCUCCCCUUCAUCUACACUGAUUUUAACAAGUGACAUCAAUAAAGGAUCAUAGCUUUCACCUGGUCAGUCUCAUGGAAAGUACAGGUGUUCCUAUAUGUUUUGUACACUCAUUGGCUAUGUCAAAGCUAAUUUGUAAACAAUAACUAUUGGUACAUUAGUAGCUCAAACACUUAGUCUGCAAAAAUGACAAGUUAAUUAUUGGGUGACGGGGGGGGGGACAGGGGACAAAAACAGGCUACAUUGCCCCCCCUUAUCUGGUAGUGGCGUGGUAGAUGCCUAGUCUCCCUUAUGGCUCAGAUCAGGUGCCUACAUAGUACAUACACCAUAGACAUAUGUCAUUUACACACACAAGCUCCAUCAGCAGCAGAUUUUAGUAUGGAAAAUGUGUGUUUAUGCAACAAAUGUUAGUGCAUCGAUUUGUUCUCUAAUAAAUCCGAAUUGCGCCAACUCGUUUCAAACAAAAAUGUAUCGGAGCCCGUGUAUCUAGAUGCGGAUCGAAUCGUCUUGAAACGGAAAGAUGCACAUCCCUAGUAAUACUCAGACAAGCUGUAAUUUGUCACAGUAAACAUUGCAGGAGAGAAACUCAUUUCAGAGUAGCCAGUUGGGCUGUUCCAUAAAGCCCACUUGAGUGUCACCCAGGGUUUGAGUCAUCAGCAGGACCUCAGGAGGUAGCAUGACUAGUCUCUGCUUUAUCUCUUGGUUCCAUCGUCCCUGGAGUGAGAUGAGCCAUCGUCCUUCAGCUUAAACACAUAGGAGCAGGUGUGCUGUUAAAAAUAACAACAAAACAACUUCUACCAGUCCCAUCGGAAAUGACAAAUCACAUGGUACUUGACAUCAUUAAAUCCAGACGACAAUACAAGCAGCACCUGCCACUUGUGUGCGUCUAUGCCUAAAGAUCUCAUAGAACUAGUUUUGCCACUCGAUCAGUAAAUCUCUGUUAUAAGAAUAUGGAAAUGCUGGGUGCCCUGAAAUGCCCCAAUGCCUGUUGGCCGGAAUGCUGAGCUCAGAGAAAUGUUGUAUACUAGUCUGUAUUAUUUGUCUUAGACCCCUCUGUGUGUUGCUCUCUCAGGGUAAGGUGAUGGCGUCCAUGUUCUACGAGGUCAGCACGCGCACCAGCAGCUCGUUUGCGGCGGCCAUGCAGCGUCUGGGCGGCUCUGUGGUCCAUUUCUGCGAGGCCACCUCCUCGUCGCAGAAGGGCGAGUCUCUGGCCGACUCGGUCCAGACCAUGAGCUGCUAUGCUGACGUCCUGGUGCUGCGACACCCCAUGCCAGGGGCCGUAGAGGUGAGCAGGCGUGUCGAUACGCCGUGUUACAACUUCACUUGAAAACGUGCCCUGUCAUGGUCAUUAGGCAAGCUAUUCUGAGAAAACACUUUGAAACAGAGGCGGGUACCACCUAAACACUGAGCGCAUCCCUUGUAUCAGUUAUUUUGUGAGAAGCUGCACUUGCUGUAUCUGACACAUUUAUCGCCACCUGUAGUCUGCAGCGAGGCAUUGCCGGAAGCCAGUGAUCAACGCUGGGGAUGGGGUCGGGGAGCACCCCACUCAGGCCCUGCUGGAUGUGUUCACCAUCAGAGAGGAGCUGGGCACGGUCAACGGCAUGACGGUGAGACGAGCCCUCACACACAUCUCCCCUUUUAUUGUCUUUAUGUUCUGACAGUGUUUUAUAUGAAAUGGAACUGUAAGAUCUGGAACUUGACUGGGUAUUUUCAUUUCUAAUCAGCGCUCCUUGGUGAUGGCGCCCUGCCUUGUAAGUUAACAUGUCCUGACUGGUCUAUCUCUGUAGAUCACUAUGGUAGGGGACCUGAAACACGGCCGCACAGUGCAUUCCCUGGCCAGGCUGCUCACCCAGUACAGGAUCACACUGCGCUACGUCGCCCCAAAGAACCUACACAUGCCCUCCGAGAUCAUCGACUUUGUGGCCUCCAAAGGCAUCAAGCAGGUGGGGGGAUCACAAGGGCCAUUUGUGGUAGAGCAGAUGGCUCUGAAUCUAAAUCUCAAUGGCACGGACUGCUAGUAUGUAGGUGUCCUUUUCAUAUUGUAUGCACUACAUAAAGCACUAAACUAUGUCCUUGUGGCUGUGCAGGAAGAGUUUGAGAGCAUCGAGGAGGCACUGCCUGACACUGACGUGCUCUACAUUACCAGGAUCCAGAAGGAGAGGUUUGCCUCAGAGGAAGAGUACAAAGCGGUAAGGAUGGGAUGGAAUGGGGGAUUGACUCACCUGAUGUGAGGCUAGCCUUAGCGUUUGAUCAGUGCUAAAGGACCCUUGUGUUUUUUUUCCUACAGUGCUUCGGUCAGUUUAUCCUCACCCCACACAUCAUGACUGGAGCCAAGAGGAAGAUGGUGGUGAUGCAUCCUCUACCGAGAGUCAAUGAGAUCAGGUAUGGAUGUUCCCCUAGAUUAGAAUGCAUCUCUUUUAAUUAUAUCUCCUUUGAUUCACUAAUGUUUGCAGUCGUGUGGCAAAUUCUAAUUAAUGACUUAAGUGGGAUGACUGUGUCAUGUUGACUUUCUUUCUUGCAGUGCGGAGGUGGACACUGAUCCUCGUGCUGCCUACUUCCGACAGGCUGAGAACGGCAUGUACAUCCGCAUGGCCCUCCUGGCCACAGUGAUGGGUAGAUGAGGUGUAUAUAGUGGACACGCCACUGUUUGGACCGCAAAACCAACAGGACCAAUUUGCGGAAUCGAUAAGAGUGAGGUGGAGCCACUAGUGCUCACAAUAAUCAAACUGCUCCAACAGACUCUACACAGUCACGUUUGGUGUGUACUCCUCUUGAACCCUGGUAUUUCUCCACCUCUCCCAGAAUGAAUUCGUAUU